AGCGAAUAUCUACUACGGUCAAGGUUGGCAGCGAGUGACCGCAGUGAGAAGCAUUGAGAUUUGGGCAUUCCACCAACACUUCAACCCGACAUUCUCUGCUAUCCCGCUGAACCAGAGAUAGAGAUUAUAGGGUAUGGGUAAUGGCGACUCCAAGGUGCCUUCUCCGGAAGGUAAUAACAAUAAGGGCUCGCGGCGUGCUCGCUUCAAAGAACGUCUUCAUUUAGGCUGCCACUUCCGUCACGAUCGCCGUCGCAGGAAUGGCAACGGCUCCUCUGGUUCCUCCCCCUCUUCUGCUCUCAAACAUAUCUCCGCUGAUGACUUCGCCGGAAUCGCUCUCCUCACUCUCAUCAAGGCGGAGAUGCAGUUCAAGGAUAAGUGGAUUGCUUGCGUAUCUCUUGGAGAGCAGGCUUUCCGUACAAAGACUUCAGAUCAAACAGACAAGCCGGUUUGGAACUCUGAAAAGAAGCUUCUUCUGGAAAAGAAUGGACCUCAUGUUGCUAAGAUUUCUGUAUUUGAGACCAACAGACUAAGAAGCAAUACUCUUGUUGGAUACCGUGAGAUUGAUCUGCUUGAAUUUCUGACCCAGGAUUCUGAUUCUGACAUUGAGGUAUUCAACUUAUUAGAUCCAUCAAUGCCAGGCAAAGUGGUUGGCAACAUUUCUCUAUCCUGUUCCGUAGAGGACCCAGUUGAAACAGAGAAGGGCUUUGUCAGACGCAUUUUAUCUACAGUGGACUGUAAUGGAGAUGGCGUGCUUUCGUUUUCUGAAUUUUCUGACCUAAUUGAUGCCUUUGGCAAUGAAACAGCAUCUAUCAAGAAAGAAGAAAUUUUCAAGGCAGCUGACAGAAAUGGGGAUGGCAUGGUUAGCAUGGAUGAAUUGGCUGACCUCCUUGCUUCUCAACAAGAAAAGGAAACAUUAUUGAAUUGCUGCCCUGUUUGUGGUGAGGUUCUUCAGGUUGCUGACAAGCUGAACGCAAUAGUCCAUUUAACUCUCUGUUUUGACGAAGGCACUGGAAACCAGGUGAUGACUGGAGGAUUCUUGACAGAUAAAGAGGCAUCAUAUGGGUGGCUCUUUAAACUGAGUGAAUGGACCCAUUUUUCAUCCUAUGAUGUUGGUAUACGCUCCGGAUCAAGUGCUUCCCACAUUUUGGUAUAUGACCGGAAGACUAAAAGGCUUGUUGAAGAAUUAAUUGACAAAAAGAUUGUUUUGUCAAUGAGAGCUAUUUAUCAGUCAAAAGUAGGUCUUGGCCUAAUAAAUGUAGGGGUGAAGGAAAUCCUACAAAGCAUUUCUGAAAGCCAGGGAAACAAGAUGAACUCGCCUGAAUCUGCAGCAGAUAUACCUAAAUUUAUUGAACUUUUCAAGGAUCAAAUCAAUAUGGCUGAAGUCAAGGAUCCAUUGGAUAAGUUUAAGACAUUCAAUGAAUUUUUCAUAAGAGAGUUAAAGCCUGGUUCAAGACCAAUUGAUUCCUUUGAACGUGAUGAUGUUGCUGUAUGUGCUGCUGAUUGUCGUCUGAUGGCAUUUAAAUCAGUUGAUGAGAGUUUAAGAUUUUGGAUUAAGGGUCGAAAGUUUUCAGUUCAAGGCCUUUUGGGGAAGGAAAUUUCUUCUAGUGCUUUUGUUGAUGGAACAAUUGUGAUAUUUCGUCUAGCACCACAGGAUUAUCACCGAUUCCAUUUGCCAGUAUCAGGAAAAAUCGAGCAAUUUGUAGAUAUCCCUGGAUGCUUAUAUACAGUCAAUCCCAUUGCUGUCAAUAGCAAGUACUGCAAUGUCUUCACAGAGAAUAAGCGUGUUGUUUCAAUAAUUUCAACUGUAGAUUUUGGAAAGGUGGCAUUUGUUGCAAUAGGAGCUACAAUGGUUGGUAGCAUCACUUUUACCAAAAAGAGAGGUGAUCAUGUCAAGAAGGGAGAUGAGUUUGGAUAUUUUUCAUUUGGUGGAAGCACUGUAAUCUGUGUCUUUGAAAAGAAUUCAAUAGUGAUUGAUGAAGACCUCCUAGCGAACAGCGCCAGAUCACUUGAGACCUUGGUUCGUGUAGGAAUGAGGUUGGGCGUAUCCACAAGGGGAUCUCCAGUUACCUAACUACGGGGAAGUUUGGUCUUCUCUGUACAGUUGACAACUUUGUUCAAGAUACCAGUGUAAAACUGAAGGUGUUUGUCCAAGUUGUGCUCAUUUUUAAAACCCAUUCAGACUUAGUUUAUAGCUGGCUACUUUUUUGGGUUAAUCUGUUUGGGAAAAAGUGGGUUCUCUAUGGUUUUUGUAAUUUGGUUUGUGCUGCUUGUAGCUUAAAUUCAUGAUCAAGAAAUAAGCGAGCUACACUUGCAGUUGUAUAUGGACAAGCUCGGGGUAACUAGUGUGCAAGCUUACUCGAGUGUAUUUAGUUUCAUGUUGGAAACUAACAAAAUAUGAAAGUAAGUGUGUUCUGAACUGUCAACAAGAAGUUGCUCUAGUGCUAGUGUCAUCUGCUAUGUUUGGAUAAAA